UCGUUUAGCAAACAAAGUCCUUUUAUUUUAUUUUUGGGUUAAAAUAUUGAGAUUCUACAGAAAAUGAAGACAACAUUUUUCUUUCUAGUUCUUGCAGUUCUUGUUUCAUCAUGUGUAUUAAAUAUUAUGGCACAAUCUAUUUUGGAAGAAAAAACUCCCCUUCCCAUUCCUCCACUAAGCUCUGAUAUUGAUCCAACUGACGAACAUGUUGGACACUCUCCUGAUGACAUGAAAAUUCUUUUUUGCCAACAAUGUGCAUAUCACUGUGUUGAAAAAAAGAAAAAUAUAUUUAGUUGUGACAAUUCAAUUUGUCGCUGUACCUUUGAAGACAUUUUGUAAGAUAUUCUAUUUGUAGAAUAAUCUAGAAAAUAAAUGAA